CUACACUGACUAUAGAGGGCUCUUGCCAUUGGGCAAAUUUUAACGCGUGAUAAAUCCUCUCUACCUUGUCUAUACCGGUUUCUUUCAAAAUUAAUUUGUGAGACGUCAAAGGACUCAAUACAUAGAUUUUAUACGCAUCGUAUUAAAAAUGGCCAACGCAACAAAUGUUAAAAUUAAAGUAGAAAGUCCUAAUGUAAAAUACACUGAUGCUUUCAUUGAAUCUAAGUAUGAGUAUCAAACCACUAAAGUAAAAUUAGAAGAUAAUCAUCUGAUUGCAACGCCAGAGAACACCAAGUAUAUAUUUAGGACCAACACACAUGUCCCUAAGCUGGGAGUCAUGCUGGUUGGCUGGGGUGGAAAUAAUGGCACUACUGUUACGGCAGCAGUAUUAGCCAACAAGUUUGGUUUGUCUUGGAACACUAAAGAAGGUGUCAGACAUGCUGAUUACUUAGGCUCCAUAACUCAAGCUAGCACAGUUUCACUUGGUGUAGGACAAGAUGGAGAGGUGCAUGUCCCGAUGAAGUCAUUACUUCCUAUGGUGGAUGCCAAUGAUAUUAUAUUUGAUGGAUGGGAUAUAUCAUCCAUGAACUUAGGAGAUGCUAUGAAAAGAGCCAUGGUAUUAGAUUAUAAUUUACAAACACAGUUAUACCCAUAUAUGUGUAAAUUGAAGCCAAGACGUUCUCUGUACAUUCCUGAUUACAUUGCUGCUAAUCAAAAAGAUCGUGCAGAUAAUUUAUUGACGGGUACAAAAGAAGAAGUUGUGGAACAGAUUCGUGAAGAUAUUAGGGAUUUCAAAGCUAAAAAUAAUCUUGACAAGGUAAUAGUACUAUGGACAGCCAACACUGAAAGAUUCUCUGAUGUGAGGGAAGGUUUAAAUGAUACAGCUGAUAAUCUUUUAAACAGCAUCAAGAGGGGAGAGUCUGAAAUAUCUCCUUCUACUCUGUUUGCAGUAGCUUCUAUUCUUGAAGGUGUCACAUACAUAAAUGGAUCACCUCAAAAUACAUUUGUACCAGGUGUGAUUGAACUUGCUGAAAAAAGGCGAGUGUAUAUCGGAGGAGAUGAUUUCAAGUCAGGUCAAACAAAGAUGAAAUCUGUGUUAGUAGACUUUUUAGUUAGUGCUGGGAUCAAACCAGUAUCAAUUGUGAGCUUUAAUCACCUGGGCAACAAUGAUGGUGCCAAUUUAUCUGCUCCUGAACAGUUUAGGUCUAAAGAGAUAUCUAAAACCAAUGUUGUAGAUGAUAUGGUGAUGUCUAAUUCAAUACUUUACAAACCAGGAGAGAAGCCAGAUCACUGUGUAGUCAUUAAAUAUGUUCCUUAUGUUGCCGACAGUAAACGUGCAAUGGAUGAAUACAUAUCAGAAAUAAUGAUGGGAGGUCGAAACACAAUAGCUAUUCAUAACACUUGUGAAGACUCACUCUUAGCUUCCCCACUUAUCCUUGACUUAGCCAUACUUGCGGAGCUGUGUGAGAGAAUCCAGUUCCGUAGAGAAGAUGAGCCACAGUUCCACAGGUUCAACGCUGCCCUGUCUAUCCUCAGCAUCCUAUGUAAGGCUCCACUGGCCCCCCGAGGCACCCCUGUGGUGAAUGCAUUCUUCAAACAGAGGUCUUGUAUAGAAAAUAUAUUCCGAGCUUGCAUUGGACUGCCUCCAAUUAACAACAUGGGUCUGGAAUACAAGCAUGAAAUAAUACCACAACACCUCCAGCAUACAGUCACAGCUACUUUGUCCCAGGAUAUCAAAGAUACACAUAUUGUGAAUAGUAAAAAGGCUGUUGUCAAUGGUAUUUGUCAUAUGAAUGGUCAUGUAAAUGGUUUCCAUGAAAUCGAAGGUGAAAAUGUGAAUGGUGAAAGGUAAUGAUAAUGAAUGAUUGCUAGGUUGAUUUUAUUUUUUUAAUUGUAAUUGUAACUGUAAUUCAAAUCUCAGAAUCUGCUCCACAAAAUAUCAAAGCAUUCAUAUUUUUAACAUUAAAAUGCUCAAACCUUUUAGCCUUUUUUUUUACACAUAUAUUUUAAUAGUCAUUAUUUUUUGUCUCUUUGGUACAUUAAUUUUAUCAAUUUUGAUAAUGUAUUUAGUAUAAGCAAUACUAUGAAUACAAUGACAACAAAAGUAAGUAGAGGGCAUCACAAUAAAAAAAGGAUAAUAUACAAACAACAAAACUUUUUUUUUUUUUUUUCAUUUUAAUAUACAUACUUUAUUUUCAUCUGAGAAAAAGUUAUUGGUGUGUGUAGAAACUAUUUAAUUUAUAAUUGUAUUAAUGUAUGAUCUGCUAUUAGCCCUUUGUUAAUUAAUGUCAUUUAUUCUGAUAUAUAUUUCAUUAUAUUUAUUGCUUUCUAGAGGAAAACAAUUCUUUAUUGUAAUUUUGUCCUUUUAUAACCAGCUGUUGUGAAAAACUACAUAGGGUGCAUUUUUCACUAUUGAGAUUAGAAGAAAUAAAGGCCAGUAGGCAUCAUUGUCUGUCUCAUUUAAGUCUGAAUAAUAAAAAUAAGAGUAAUUUGACCAGGUGAUAUUGGCCAUAGAAAGUGUGCAUGUUGAGUGCAUGGAUUAAGUAGGUUUCCAUUUUAUUGUCAAGGAGCCUGAAAGAUUUUGUGUUUACUAUACAAGAUUUUGUAUUUGUUUUGUGUAACUUACUAUACUCCACAAUUCAAAUUAUAUAGGUUUAAUUUAAAUAAUUGGCAUACAUAUGAAAUUUUAAUAAAUAUUUUUAAAAAUAGA